AUGUCGUCGCUGCACUGCCGAGGUGAACGGGAACAGCGAGAUGCAGCCGAACGUCGACAGCAACGGAAACUAGAACAGGAAAGGAAAGCACGCGAGAUGAAAGAAGCUGAGGAGCGGGAAGCAGCGCGACGGCAACGUCACUACGAGGAUGUGGACUGGGACUCACCCCCUCAGAAGGAAAGUGGGGACGGAAAUCUCUCUGACGAUUUUAUGUGA